ACAAGUGCGGAACCAACCGAGCGGCUAAGCACCAAAAUUCCCCCUAAAGUCAAUCGCGCCAUUGUUUGGAUUAACCAGGAUCAUGGACUUCGAUGAGUUCCGUGAAUUUGGCCAUGCCUCCAUCGAGUUUCUCAUCAACUAUCUGAGCGGCAUACGUGAGAGGGAUGUCCUGCCCAGCACGGCUCCCUAUGCGGUGAUCAAUCAACUGCCCAAGGAGAUCCCCGAGCAGCCCGAUCAUUGGCGGGAGGUCCUCAGGGACCUGGAGAACAUCAUCCUGCCGGGUCUGACCCACUGGCAGUCGCCCUACUUCAACGCCUUCUAUCCAUCGUCCUCGUCGGCGGGCUCCAUCAUCGGUGAACUGCUGAUCGCGGGCAUCGGAGUCCUUGGAUUCAGUUGGAUCUGCAGUCCCGCCUGCACAGAACUGGAAGUGGUGGUCAUGGACUGGCUGGCCAAGUUCCUAAAGCUGCCCGCACACUUCCAGCACGCCACCGAGGGACCAGGAGGAGGAGUGAUCCAGGGAUCGGCCAGCGAGGCCGUUCUGGUGGCUGUCCUGGCUGCCAGGGAACAGGCGGUGGCCAGCUACAGGGAAUCGCAUCCGGAGCUGAGCGAAAGCGAGGUGCGUGGACGCUUGGUAGCCUACUCCUCGGAUCAGAGCAACAGCUGCAUCGAGAAGGCUGGAGUCCUGGCCGCCAUGCCAAUUCGACUGUUGCCGGCUGGAGAGGAUUUCGUACUUAGAGGCGAUACAUUGAGGGAGGCGAUAGGGGAGGACGUGACGGCGGGCAGAAUUCCGGUGAUCUGCGUCGCCACACUGGGCACCACGGGCACUUGUGCCUAUGACGACAUUGAGUCCCUGUCCGCCGUUUGCGAGGAGUUCAAGGUGUGGCUCCAUGUUGAUGCCGCCUAUGCCGGAGGAGCCUUUGCUCUGGACGAGUGUUCGGAUCUGCGAAAGGGAUUGGAUCGCGUGGACUCGCUGAACUUCAACCUACAUAAGUUCAUGCUGGUCAACUUUGAUUGCUCGGCCAUGUGGCUAAGGGAUGCCAACAAGGUGGUCGAUAGCUUCAAUGUGGAUCGCAUUUAUCUCAAGCACAAGCAUGAGGGUCAGUCGCAAAUUCCCGACUUCCGCCACUGGCAAAUCCCCCUGGGUCGUCGGUUCCGAGCUUUGAAAGUCUGGAUCACAUUCCGCACUCUGGGAGCCGAGGGAUUAAGGAACCAUGUGAGGAAGCACAUCGAGUUGGCCAAACAAUUUGAGCAGCUUGUGCUGAAGGAUUCCCGAUUAGAGCUGGUGGCUCCUCGCGCACUUGGACUGGUUUGCUUCCGGCCCAAAGGUGACAAUGAGAUUACCACCCAGUUACUGCAGCGACUCAUGGAUCGAAAGAAGAUCUACAUGGUUAAGGCCGAGCACGCGGGUCGCCAGUUUCUGCGAUUUGUCGUAUGCGGAAUGGACACCAAAGCCUCCGAUAUUGAUUUCGCCUGGAAGGAGAUCGAGUCACAACUGACGGACCUGCUUUCAGAACAAUCCUUGGUGGCCCGCAAAUCGGGAAACGUGGGCGAUCUUGCGCAACACUUCCAGAUCCACCUGAGCACCGAAAAUGCAACGCACGAGAAAUCUCAGUGAGAAAAACGGUUCAACUAUUUAAGUUUAGGGACAACCUAGUUAGUUUGCAAUGUAGUUUGUAGCUUCCCACAUGUUAAUGAAUAAAGCGAAUUUAAAUGUACGAAAAUUGUGCAC